AUGUCCAAGAUACUGUCUGAGGUGGUCAAAAACUUGGCCCCCAACAGGGCCACCGUCCAGGACAUCAUGAACAAUUUUUCAGUCACUGAAGUACCACAGGACAAAGGGACCAAGAUGGCCAAAGAGCUAGAGGAGCUUUGCGUUGACCUGAGGCUUAGCCUGGUCCAGGAAGACAUUUCUCCUUGGGGGGCUGGGAGGGCACAGAACCAGACAGAACCACUGGCUCCUGUGCAGCGCUGCUCUCCGUCCCCAGAGCACAGUGCCAGCGACAAUCCUUUCCACUUGUCCGGAGAUACGGAUUUCUUCGUGCUCAGAGAAAAGGAGAAGAGAAAAGCCAUCUUGGAGCGGGAGCAGAAGAAGAAUCUGCGGGUGCACCAGAAGAUGACCUACUCUUCCAAGUUGCUGGCCCGGCACGGCAGCCUCCGCCGAGAGCUGCAGAUGGAGGAGGACACCGAUGACCAGGAGCUGAUCUCCGAGGCGGAGCGGCUGCGCUCCAUCAAGGACAACAUAGCCUGGAAGCUCGCCAUGACCCAAGAAAAGAAAGUGGAGCCCGACAGGAUGAACAGCUACAUCCAACAGAAGCGAGAGAUGUUCCUCAUCCAGUACAACCUAGAAAUGAAGCGGAACGAGAUGCAGCGGCUGGAGAUGCUGGCAGCACGGGAAGGCAGGCUGAAGAAGGCCGAGAAGUCUCUGGAGAAGGACGCCUCCUUGUUUGAUGAGUUCCUCAAGGAGAAUGACCGCAGCUCCGUGCAGGCCAUGCGCGUAGCUGAGAAGGAGACCAAAGCGAAGAUGGAGAAGAUCGUGGAGAUCCGGGACAUCUCCACUCAGAUAAUGAAUAUCAAGAGCGAAAUCUCCAAAUUCGAAGACUCACUACAGCGCUGCAAGUUGUAUAAGGACUUCUUGUACAAGAUGUCGCCUGAGGAGUGGCUGGAGGCGCAGAGCAGGAAGCAGCUGGCUUUCAAAAGGGCCAAGGAGAUGGCUGCAGCCCCCAAACCUAGCACAUCCACAGUGGAGGACAAAGGUAGUGAACGCCAGGCCGUCCCCAGAGAGGGCUCUGCCAGUGGCAGAGAGCGACCCUGGUGGGACAGUCAGAUGAGGCCAGGAACCCAGGCUGCCCUGCUCCUUCCUUCAUUUCCUCUAGGGUUAGGAGCAGGAAUCAAGAGCAAGGCUGCUUCCCAAUGGUCCAAAGAGCCCCCGGCCGGGAAGAAGUCGGUCAAGCUUGUGGGGGCGGAGCCAGCUGUGCGCAGCAGCAGCCAUCUGCAGCAGAGCAGCCACCCCAGCGACCUCGCCGUCAUGCAAGUGUCCAGCUCUUUGCUACCGCUACCGAUUCAAGAAGACGGGGACAGUGACGCGGAGGACUUGGAGCUGUACUUCACAGACCCGCAGCAGCUCCUGGAUAUCUUCGCCCAGCUGGAGGAGCAGAACCUAUCCCUGAUCCAGAACACGCAGGAGAUGGAGGAGACCCUGGAAGAUCUGACGCGCACCCUGAAAUCCACACAGAACCGCAUGGACAGGGAAGUGAAGCAGCUAAAGCAUUGGAUCGCCACAAUGAUGAAGUCCAUUGAGAAGGAGGAAGAGGUGGCUGCUGAGCUGCAGUUCAAAGCCCGCGUCUUCCACUUUGGGGAGUAUAAGGCUGAUCAGCAGGACAAGCUGCUGGAGAGCCUGAACCAGAAGGUGCAGAACGUGUACAAGAGCUGCAUGGGCCCACAGCAGGAGACCAGCCUGAGCACGGUGCAGAUGCUCACUGUGGUAGAACACCUGCUAGACGACCUGCUGGAGAACCUGGAGCGCGUGCCGCAAGCCAAGAUUGAGCAGGCUGGGAAGGCCAAGGAGAGGGAGCGGCGUCAGAGGCUGCGGGAAGAGAAGGCCAGGAUGCAGAUGCUUCUGCAAGAGGAACGGAUGAAGCGGGCGCGGGCGCGGGCGCAGGCUCAGAUCAAGAAGAAGAGAGGCCGGAAGCUGGUGUGCCGCUCCCAACCCCCGGUGGAGAAGGUGCAGGAGGAGUCGGAGCACCUGGAGGUGGACAAGGACAAGGAGGAGCUGCUGUUCUUCUUCACUUAGUCCCACCGGCCGCGCUGGCGUGGCGAAGGCUCGGGUGGCGGCUGUGGAUGGAGAGGCCAGGAAGACUCUGAGGACCCCGACUCCAUACUCAGGGUUCCUAGGGCGCGUCCACACUCACGUGAAAUAAACUCUUCUCA